GUUAUAUUUCACUCAAAGGGUUGUGUUAAAGACUCCAGACUUCAGACUUUGACCACAUAUUUGAGGGAUUAGGUAUUUUAGUUGUAAUGGGACUCCCUGAUGCUGCUUAUAUUUUGGACCUUGUCUCUUCAAAUGAGAUCCUCUAAAAGAUGGCGGCUACAAAGGUCCCAGAGGUUCGUGACAUCACACGGAUUGAGAGAAUUGGUGCACAUUCUCACAUUCGUGGCCUUGGCUUGGAUGAUGCUUUGGAACCAAGACAGGUGUCUCAGGGGAUGGUUGGCCAGCUGGCCUCCCGUCGGGCAGCAGGGGUCAUUCUGGAGAUGAUCAAAGACGGCCAUAUUGCUGGCAGAGCUGUACUGAUCGCCGGCCAACCUGGCACAGGAAAGACUGCCAUCGCUAUGGGUAUCGCCCAGUCUCUGGGCCCUGACACACCCUUCACAGCAUUGGCCGGUAGUGAAAUCUUCUCUCUGGAGAUGAGCAAGACCGAGGCACUCAGCCAAGCUUUUAGAAAAGCCAUCGGAGUGAGGAUCAAAGAAGAGACAGAGAUUAUUGAAGGAGAAGUGGUGGAAAUCCAGAUUGAUAGACCAGCUACUGGAACGGGUGCCAAGGUGGGCAAGCUGACUCUGAAGACCACUGAGAUGGAGACAAUAUAUGACCUGGGUAACAAGAUGAUUGACAGUCUUAGUAAAGAGAAAGUUCAAGCAGGUGAUGUUAUUACCAUUGACAAAGCCACCGGAAAGAUCAGCAAGUUGGGCCGCUCCUUCACCAGAGCCAGAGACUAUGAUGCCAUGGGAGCUCAGACACAGUUCGUACAGUGUCCAGAGGGAGAGCUGCAGAAGAGGAAGGAAGUGGUCCAUACAGUGUCCCUCCACGAGAUCGACGUCAUCAACAGCCGCACACAAGGCUUCCUGGCUCUGUUCUCCGGAGACACCGGAGAGAUCAAGUCGGAAGUCCGCGAGCAGAUUAAUGCCAAAGUGUGUGAGUGGAGGGAAGAAGGCAAGGCUGAGAUCAUACCAGGGGUGUUAUUUAUUGAUGAAGUUCAUAUGUUGGACAUGGAGUGCUUUUCCUUCCUGAACCGUGCUCUGGAGAGUGACUUGUCCCCUGUUCUCAUUAUGGCCACCAACAGAGGCAUCACUCGUAUCCGCGGCACAAACUAUCAGAGCCCUCAUGGCAUCCCCAUCGAUCUACUGGAUCGACUGCUCAUCAUCACCACCUCCCCUUACACCGAAAAAGAAACAAGGCAGAUCCUCAAGAUCCGAUGUGAGGAGGAGGACGUGGAGCUGAGCGAGGAGGCUCACACGGUUCUGACCCGCAUCGGCAUGGAGACGUCGCUACGCUACGCUAUCCAGCUGAUCAGCACUGCUGGCUUAGUGUGUCGCAAACGCAAGGGGACAGAAGUUCAGGUGGAGGACAUUAAGAGGGUUUACUCUCUUUUCCUGGAUGAGGCCAGAUCCUCUCAGUACAUGAAGGAGUAUCAGGAUUCCUUCCUCUUCAAUGAAACACAAACAGCUUCAAUGGAUACCUCAUAAUGAAGAUGACUGUUUUCUAACUGUGAAGUUUUUAUGUUGUCGAUCCUCCUCUGCAGUUCAAGUCAGUUCAGAAUUGGCUGUUACUUAAAUUUGAUUUCAGAAAACCCAAAUUAGAUUUAAGAUAUAAUUCAAAUGUGAAAAAUUCACCUAAUUUCCCUUCAUUGUUUCAUUGUUCAUCUUAAUCUCUACAUUGUUUCAAUUACAAUUUAUUUUCUGAAAUGUUCCUUUUUUCUCAAUUUGCUGUAAAACUGUUCAUCACUGAGGCCUUGUGGUAGGAAUAUCCAUUCCUUUUUUGCUUUUUUUUUUUGUUGAGUUAUCUUUACAUGGUUUAUUUUUAUGAAAAUGAUUAAACAGGCUUUUAUAAGCA